AUGAACAAGCACCGCAAGCACGCGCGCCGCCACACGGGCGAGCGGCCCUUCCGCUGCCCGCACUGCCCGCGCACCUUCGCCGACUGCUCCAACAUGAACAAGCACCGCAAGUGCCUGCUCGAGCACGCGCGCCGACACACGGGCGAGCGGCCCUUCCGCUGCCCGCACUGCCCGCGCACCUUCGCCGACUGCUCCAACAUGAACAAGCACCGCAAGUGCCUGCUCGAGCACGCGCGCCGACACACGGGCGAGCGGCCCUUCCGCUGCCCGCACUGCCCGCGCACCUUCGCCGACUGCUCCAACAUGAACAAGCACCGCAAGUGCCUGCUCGAGCACGCGCGCCGACACACGGGCGAGCGGCCCUUCCGCUGCCCGCACUGCCCGCGCACCUUCGCCGACUGCUCCAACAUGAACAAGCACCGCAAGGUAACUGCUCCAACAUGA